AUGAUCAAGGUGCACGAGCGCAACCAGAAGCUGCGCCGUAUAUUCAAGUACGGCUGCCUCAUCUUUGGCAUUGCCGCGCUGGCCGUGGGUACCUGGCUCGUCAGCUUUACUCGCAACUGCAUAGCUACCAACGAGUGUGGCAUGCUCCAGGAGGUGCGUGGCUUUAUUGCCCUGGCCUCGGUCCGUGCUGGCCACCAGCCAGGCCCACAACCCGCCACCAGUGAAUGCGGCUGUCAUGAUGAUGGCUGUGGCAUCCCACACCCCGUUCAAACGCCCAUCACCCCCGCCGAUGAGGACGCCAUGCGCACCCCCGGUGAACUGAAUCCCCCAUUUGUCUCCAGCGACCGCCACUUCCCAUACGCCAAGGUCCUCGAAGACCCCAACAACUUUCGCCAUAUCCAGUGUGAAACGCAAUGCGUCAUGCGCAUGGCCUCGGACAUCCCCACGUUUGAGAACUUGGACGCUGCUCAAACCCGCCUGGCGACCCGUGACGGCGUGCCGUGGCACACCUUUGUCCUGAAGGCAUACGGCGAGUGGUACGAAGACAAUGCAGCCCUCAUGCCCGAAACCACCCGUCUUCUCAAGGGUGCUGAUAACCAAAUUUCCGCCGCCAUCCUGUCCAUUCUCGAACCUGGCAAGCACAUUGUCAGCCACUGCGGCGCCAUGCGUAGCGUCUACCGAUAUCAUCUGGGCCUUCAAGUGGAUGAAGCCAACGAUGCUUACAUUCAGGUGGAAGAUCUCACCUACCAUUGGAAGGAGGGAGAAGGCGUCAUGUUUGACGAUGCCUUCCGCCACGAAGUCAAGAGCGAAGCGUUCCACAACACAAGUUUUCGAGUCGUCCUCUUUAUGGACAUUUACCGUGAUGACCUUCCUCUCGGAAGCAAAAGCUUGCACCAAUUUGGUGAAUGGCUCACUCGCCAGUCUCCCAUCAUUAGUGAAGCCAAGGUCAAGGCUCAGGCCAUGACGCAAAAGCACGACCAUAUUUGCCAUUGCUAG